GAACAGCAACCUCGUAUGGUCCGAGACCAAACUUCAAGUACGAUCCGUUCGGCUACGAGUGUCGAUGCGUAUGAUCCGCGAGCAUAUGAUCCACGAUAUUAUGGAACUCCUCGUCCACAUUUUAGAAGAGAUAUGGCAUACAGUGAUAUGGACAUCAGGAGCAAAGGAGCAACGGAUGUGAUUAACCAACCUAGUGAUAUGGGGUAUUAUGAUCCAAGUAGCGUCAUAGUGUCACAGUCAGGGUAUAUAAGUAUAGCGUCAGACCUUAAAGAGCCUCAAGAAGAAAAAAGUAAAAAGUCUAAAAAAGGAGGAUUAAAAUCUGCUAUGAGCUCAGUAAGUAACUGGCUGCCAGAACUACACUUAUCAAAGCGCCACCGUUCAUAUUCGUUACCGACUGGAGUACGCAGAGAAGAUUUAGCAUUAACAAAGGAGCCAACUAAACAAUUUACGCAAUCACUCCGCAGCAAACAGCCACCUUCAAGUCGUAAAAAGAAGAAGAAUCAGUUAGUUUCCACAAUGUCAGGGUUUUUACAAAAAGCAAAGAAUAAAACACGUUUACAGCAAAGUAUGUCGGAUCCAGAACAUUCUGAGACAGAAUGGAGUAGUCGUCAUAGUGGUGUCAGUGAGGACAGUGAACCGGACAGUGUAUUUUCUGACGCCCACGAUAAUUCCUUAUUUACAAAAAGGUCGAAUGAAAGUCAAGUGUCAAAUUUAAAUGCGAAUGCCAACAAUGCAUACCAAUCAUCCUCUCAAUGUCAGCCUGAUUAUUCUGAAACAUCAACAGUGGAAGCUGAUGAAAGAUAUAAGCCUGAAGCAAGACAUGACAUCGUAGGAGAUCAUAGAGUAUUAGAGCAAAGAAUGGAACAUAGACCAGAUCAACAGUUUGUGGAUCAAAGACAAGAGCAAAGAGUCUAUCAGAGGUCAGGCUCUAUACAAGAACACCAAAUUGAAUUCCAAAAUAACGACCAAAGGGGGGUAGAUCAAAGGCUUGAUGCGCGAGAUUAUAUACCUGAGAGAGACGACAAGCCGUCAAAUACAAUAGACCUCUUUGAAGAUCCUUUUGGGGCAUCUUCUUUGUUUCCUACAGUAGGAGACGUUAAAAAACCUCAGUCACAAAAUGACAACGGAGACCAAAAUGGGGACGAAAUGUCACUCCCUCCUGUUACGUUAGGCAGUGCGUCGCGAGAGUUUGCUGUGUCUAGAGCUUUAGGUAGGUAUAGGCGGAGGCAGUCUUCGACUCAAUUAGAAGAAACGCCGGUGACGGAAGAGCCUCCUCCACCAAAAACCCGUGACGAAAUAUUUACUGUAAUAACGACUGACGAAGAAGAGGAAGAACUUAGAAGAAACGAAAUAUUUGAACGGAUUAGUUCUGAAGAGAAUAAUAAGCAGGCUCAAUUGAAUAGCGAAGAGCAAUAUUUAAAUGACGCCAGUACUAAUAUAAACCGACACGGUCGUCCUUAUCCUCCACCGAGACAUCAAGCUAGUCUCGAAAUCCCCUGGGGUGGUAGAGGCUCAGGCGAUACUGACGAUGACAAUAGAAGUACGCACUCCUGGAGAAGCACAUCUCGUGUUUCCUCAAGAAGGCAGAGUACCGAAGAUAGUAUAGACAGCGAGGAUGAAUGGUACUGUUACGAAUUAAGAAAACUAGAAGAACUCGAGCGCCAGUCUAAACUGGAAGCUGAACUUCAACAUCUUCACGAGGAUUACGAACCCGAGGACGACGUGAGAGAACGAAUGUCUUCUGUUUUGCAGGAGCUGCGAUCAAAAGUAAGACAAAACGAUGAGGACAUCCCAGGAAGUCGUAGAGGUUCGAAAGAUGGCAGGAGGGGAAGUAUCGAGGCUGUAAGGAGAAGUAGCUAUGAACGAAUAGAUGAUAGACCUGGAGACAGAUACGACAGAGAAACACGGAGAGAAAGCUACGAGAGAAUAGCUAUGGAACCGAGGAGGCUGAGCCAAGAGUUUAACGAAAAGGAAUUCAGAAGGGAAACGGUCGACGAUAGGAGAGGCAGUUUCAGAGAUAAAGAAAGACGGAAAUUCAAUGAAAGCAUACGAGACGAUUAUGACCACAAAAAUGCUUACGGUUACGACGACCGGUACAGCGAAGAGGAGUUUCACAGAAGUGAACUUGACGAGCUUCAAAGAGACGAACGUCUGAGAAAUGAACGAAUGAAAGAGGAACGAGUUCGAGACAGGCCAAAGUCUAUCGGCGACGAAGACAAAUACGAAGAAACACAUGGCGGGUCUUCUGGAGAAACUAGCGGACCGGACAGUCCUCAGCACAGUGCAGAGGAAUUGGAAGUAGAUGAAGCCAAAGCAGUUGCUGCUGAGUUGGAGAUGAUGAGGAGGUGUUCCAGCAGUAGCGCCGUCCGACAGAGUGAGCAGCGAGGGUCAGGGUCGGGUAGUAGGGAGGGGUCGCUGAGUGUAGGGCCGAGUGAGAUGUCUGUCAGCAUACCCGAGGGAUGGGACACAGAGGAGACGGCGACAGUGAGGGAGGGCUCAGUGAGUGUGGCAGCGAGUGAUGUGAGUUCCGAUAGACCGGGGACGCCGUCGUUGCCGAGGUUCAAGUCAGAGGGAGACCCCGCGGUGUCGGCAAAGGACGAACCUCCGGGGAAGGACGGCCCCAUGGGUAGCAAGUGGAAACUGCUCAAGGCUCUGAAGGAGCGGAAAGCCGAGCUGAAGAGUCAACAAGAAGCUGCACAAUCAGAAACUACUUCCACUCCUACAACGAAUGGUGGUGCUGGGACCGACAGUGGCGGACGCACGAAUGGACACCCUGGGGAUAAUCCGUUCUACAGCAACAUCGACAGUAUGCCUGAUAUUCGACCCAGGCGGAAAUCCAUACCCUUGGUCUCUGAGCUGACAAUGGCUGCUACUAGACAGAAGGGGGCUGGUUUGACUUCAGCUGUUCCAAGAGCAACUUUGAAUGAUGAAGAACUGAAAAUGCACGUGUACAAGAAGACCCUGCAAGCUCUGAUCUACCCGAUCUCCAGUACAACGCCGCACAACUUUGUCAUGUGGACAGCAACUUCGCCAACAUUCUGUUACGAGUGUGAGGGUCUGCUUUGGGGAAUCGCACGGCAGGGAGUGCGCUGCACUGAAUGCAUGGUUAAGUGCCACGAGAAGUGUAAAGAUCUGCUCAACGCUGAUUGUUUACAGAGGGCUGCGGAAAAGAGCUCAAAGCAUGGAGCAGAAGACAAAGCAAAUACAAUAAUAACAGCGAUGAAAGAGAGGAUGAAGCAAAGGGAAAGGGAAAAGCCAGAAAUCUUUGAGCUGAUAAGAAAGACUUUCACGAUGGAUCCUGACACUCAUAUAGACUCGCUGGAUCAAGCCGAAGCCAUUGUGCUUGAGGGCACGUCCAAAUGGUCCUGCAAAAUCGCUAUCACAGUGAUCUGUGCCCAGGGUUUGAUAGCAAAAGACAAGAGUGGAACUUCCGACCCUUAUGUUACAGUACAAGUAGGUAAAGUGAAGAAGAGGACGAGAACAAUGCCUGCAGAGUUGAACCCUGUAUGGAAUGAAAAGUUUUACUUUGAGUGUCACAACUCUUCAGACAGAAUCAAGGUGAGAGUUUGGGAUGAAGACAACGACCUCAAGUCCAAACUGCGCCAGAAACUCACUCGCGAGUCUGAUGAUUUCUUGGGUCAGACUAUAAUUGAAGUGAGAACACUGUCAGGUGAGAUGGAUGUAUGGUACAAUCUGGAGAAACGAACAGAUAAGUCAGCUGUUUCUGGAGCUAUCCGACUACAUAUCAGCGUCGAGAUCAAGGGAGAGGAAAAGGUCGCGCCUUACCAUGUGCAAUAUACGUGCCUUCAUGAGAAUCUGUUCCACUACCUGUGCGAAGAGAACUUUGGAAUGGUGAAACUUCCUCAAGCCAAGGGGGAUGAUGCUUGGAAAGUCUACUUUGACGAACCAGGCGAGGAAAUUGUUGAUGAGUUCGCAAUGAGAUAUGGCAUUGAAUCAAUAUACCAGGCAAUGACGCAUUUCCAUUGCUUAUCCACCAAGUACCUGUGUCCGGGAGUACCAGCUGUUAUGAGCACACUCCUAGCCAACAUCAACGCAUACUACGCACACACCACUGCGUCUUCCGCCGUCUCCGCUAGUGAUAGAUUUGCUGCUUCCAAUUUUGGUAAAGAGAAGUUUGUCAAGCUGCUGGAUCAGCUGCACAACUCUCUACGCAUUGACUUGUCCAUGUAUCGCAACAACUUCCCAGCCUCUAGUCAAGAGAAACUGAUGGAUCUCAAGUCAACUGUCGAUCUACUCACAAGUAUCACGUUCUUCCGAAUGAAGGUGCAAGAGUUAUCCAGUCCACCACGGGCCAGCACUGUGGUCAAGGAUUGUGUCAAAGCUUGCCUCAGGUCCACAUAUCAGUUCCUCUUUGAAAACUGCUACGAACUAUACAGCAGAGAAUUCCAGGUGGAUCCCAACGAGCCCAAGCGAGACCCGGAGGACACGGGGCCGCGGUUAGACUCCCUCGACUUCUGGCACAAACUGAUCGCUCUCAUUGUGUCUGUGAUAGAGGAGGACAGAAACAGCUACGCUCCUGUGCUGAAUCAGUUUCCUCAAGAGCUUAAUAUCGGACAGUUAUCAGCAGGCACUAUGUGGGUACAGUUUGGAAUGGACCAGAAGUAUGCAUUGGAAGAACACGAAGCCAACAGACAGAAGGUGGCUGUGCAGCCUGUCAAGUCUUCCGCUUACAUGAAUCUUCACUUUAAGGUGAAAUGGCUGUACACCAACUACGUGAAAGACUGCCCUCCAUUCAAGGAUACUAUUCCUGAGUAUCCUUCAUGGUUUGAGCCGUUUGUGAUGCAAUGGUUAAACGAAAACGAUGAUGUGUCACUUGAAUACCUAAACGGAGCGUUUAACAGAGAUCUCAAAGAUGGGUUCCAACGUAGCUCGGAGCAUGCCUUGUUCUCAAACUCCGUAGUGGACGUCUUCACUCAACUCACACAGUGCUUCGAUGUCAUCAAUAAGCUGGAAUGUCCCGACCCAGAGAUAUGGAAACGUUACAUGAAACGAUUCGCCAAAACCAUCGUAAAGGUUCUCAUCGCUUAUGCCAACAUCGUGAAGAAAGAGUUUCCUAACCAUCUGAAAGACGAAAGAAUUGCAUGUAUCCUGAUGAAUAACAUCCAGCAGUUGAGGGUUCAGCUUGAGAAGAUGUUUGAGUCUAUGGGAGGAGACAAACUAGAGGAGGACGCUGCAACCAUCCUCAAGGAGCUGCAACAGAACCUCAACCUGUGUUUGGACGACCUGGCGACACAGUUUGCUCAGAGUCUUGAGCCUCGAAUCACGCAGAGUGUCAAGGAGUUGGGAGAUCUGUUGCUGGCCAUCAAGGGCGGAGGUCAGGUGACGUUGAAUGCACCUGCGCAGCGCAACGCCGUCGCACAAGAGGCUGACGAAGUCUUGCGCCCACUUAUGGAUCUCCUGGACGGCUCAUUAUCGUUAUACGCUCAAUCCUGUGAGAAAACGGUGCUCAAGAGAUUGCUCAAGGAGUUGUGGAAGAUUGUGAUGAGGAUUCUAGAGAAAGCUGUCGUACUGCCUCCCAUGACCGACAAGAGCAUGAUUCUGAAGAAUCUAACAGACAACGCAAAGAAUCUCGCUGCCAACGCCAAAAUGGAGGACAUGUCGAGACUGAUCAAGAAUAUGGCCGGCAAACAGGACGUCAAGAAUGCGCUCAGUGGAGUCAUGGAGGUAGAGAAGAACCUAUCGCCAAAGCAGUGUGCUGUUUUGGACGUCGCCUUGGAUACCAUCAAGCAAUACUUCCAUGCCGGUGGUAAUGGACUGAAGAAGACCUUUUUGGAGAAGAGUCCGGAACUGCAGUCUCUGCGGUACGCCCUCUCGCUUUACACACAGACAACGGACACCCUCAUCAAAACAUUUGUUACCUCGCAGACAAAUGAAGUUCCGCUAAACAACAAAAAGACGCUGUUUGCGGCCCAGCGGUCGCUCUCGAGCGAGAGAGAUGAGAACGACGCGGGAAUGGACAGCUUGGAGGAGCCGCUUAGAGCCAAGAAACGGCGAGAAUCGACUCUGCAGCAAGCUGAUCUGGCAGGUACGGAGGAGAGUGUAGGUGAAGUGUCAAUACAAGUAGACCUCUUCACCCACCCUGGCACUGGCGAACACAAGGUCACCGUGAAGGUUGUGGCUGCCAAUGACCUGAAGUGGCCGCUGGCAACAGGAAUGUUCCGGCCUUUUGUUGAGGUCAACCUGAUUGGCCCCCAUCUCGCUGACAAGAAGCGCAAGCAAGCCACCAAGUCAAAGAACAACAACUGGUCACCAAAGUUCAACGAGACAUUCCACUUCAUCAUCGGAAAUGAGGAGCAGCUGGAGUAUUUUGAGCUUCACAUCUGUGUCAAAGACUACUGCUUUGCUCGGGAUGACCGUCUAGUCGGAGUCGCUGUACUUCAGCUCAAGGAUAUUGUUGAUCAGGGGUCAUGCGCUUGCUGGUUAUCUCUUGGAAAGCGCAUCCAGAUGGACGAGACAGGCUGGACCAUCCUACGUAUUCUGUCACAGCGAAGCAACGACGAGGUCGCCAAGGAGUUUGUCAAACUUAAGUCCGAUAUUCGACAAGAAAAUCCCUUGGCACAAUGAGAGGAAUUCGCCUCUUCUCGCCUUGCCUUACUUUCGUCUUCUCAUCUGAACAUCCUCGUAUUGAGCUGCUGUUGCAUCCACUGGAUAUGGUUGGUUUUCCUGUUUUGUUUGAGUUGCAACAGGGAUUGCCAAGCGUGUACUAAUCUUCAAAGACAUUUUUUACUAGCAAUCAACAGACAUACAUAAGAAAUCGUCCAAUUUUUUACAGUGACAUUUUUACUCUAUUCAAUACCCAAAGUACUUUCCCUAUUGUGUAUGCUCCUUGAAAGAUACAACAGCAGUUCAAUAUGGCAAAGGUGUACCGGAUGAAAUACUUUUGUUGAAAGUUAGUUUAAAGACACAAAUUUGAUUUAAUAUCUCUGAACACGAGAAGGACAAUACUGUAACUGAUCAAGUCCGGAUGUGUAAAAAACGCGCACAUUGCAGCCCGACUUGGGGACGUCUUCGACACGACCUUUGUACAAUACUUUUGUAAACCGAUUUUGAUGUACAUAACAAUGUAAAAUGAUGUAACUGUAAUUAUGGUUUUGUCUAUGCUUGAAGACUUCCCCAAGUUUCCCUAAAGAUAGUGUUAAAUUUAGAAGUAGUUUUUAGGGCCAGCUAAUUUUUUCUGAGGUCCUUCAUAAUGUACAUUUUGUGAUUAAAUCACCCCUUAUCUUGUACAUAUUCACAUUUGUUGACUCGGGUCAUAAUGUAUAAAUGCCUUUAUUUAGAGUUAUGAUUAUUUUCAACCUUCAGUUUAGAAAACCAUGAAUUUGUUAAGGACUUGUCUGGUAAGCUUUGCCCUGUGAUUUCUCUUGUAAGCCAAACUAAUCGGACUUCUUAAUUGUGUCAACCAAUCACAGAUUGAUUAGCUUUAUGACAAGAUAAUGCCACAAGCUGGUGUUUCUGAAGCUACCACUGUAGGAGAGUUUUCUCUUUCAGCACUUCCUUCUCUGAAAUCCAUACAAUUAAUAGUCAAUUACUGAGCAAGUGGUUGUCAACAAUAUAGUAGUGUUAUUUUAUGGUUAUCAAUUAAACCAUGCAAUACUUAGUUUAUUUUUUUUUUAUAUGAGAUUAUUGAAGUUACAACUUGAAAUAGUUAUAUCACAUAAAUAAAUGCUUUUGAACAGAACAUAAUGAAGGCCACUUUGAAGACUUAAGGUUCACAUUAAGUCUUACCUAAGUGCACAAGUAUUUCAUUUACAUUUUUUUAUGUAUGGUAACAAAACAACAAAUAAAGGUUAUGUGUACUGUUCUUAAAUGAAGUAGCAAGGGAUGUGUUUAUAUUAACAUUUUUUGACACACCUUUCCUUUAUGUGAUACUUAUUGAAGGUAAAUAUCAAGUGUAAUAACAAGAAAAAAUAAAACUAAAACUUAAAAAUAAAUUGAAACGCCUUAAUGGAAAAAUAAAAAAUAAACAAAUCUAGGGCAAAGCUAUCAGUUUUUGUUAUCUAGUCUUAGUGUAAAAUUUCAUACCCCUCAGCUUGACAAUAUAUCACUAAAGUUGAAAUUUAGGUUAAGUUCUUUACCAUGACCUAAUCUUUGAUACAAUUGUGAAGGGCACAAACAUCAGAGCCUAUUCCACUGUAAAAUUGUCAGUUUCAUCUAUUAUUUGUCCUUCAGCCGAUUAUACUCCUAAAAUGAAAUGUUAAAUAUAAAUGUUUACACCAACUUCCAACUUAAGUUUUCCUUUAUUGAAAAAAAUAUUUCCUAUGCGCUAUAAAAUAGCUGUUUUAUACUUUUCAACAUAGAACUUGUCCCCGAUAUCCCAUAUAUGAACUAUUCUUAAAAUACUGACUGUUACUCUGCAAAUUCAAACUAAUUCUGCUGAUUUGCACAUUUUUGUAUAAGAAUACGCUUGUUCAGUCGUUGGAUGCGUGUGUCUUGUCUAUGGUAAGGUGUCAGUGUUUGUAUCUGAUCUUCCAAUACUGUUUUUUUCUUGUCAAUAUGAUAUAUAUAUAUUUUCUUUGCUUUUUCUGUUUAACCGUUACAAUCACGUGAUAAUCAGCGCUUCUUCUCUAGGAUAAGCUUAUUUCUGUUUCUAUUCGGAGCCUUUACAGUGUUGAAUGUAACAUAAUAUUUGUUGUUGCAUUUCUAAAUGGACCAAUACAAUUUUCAUUGAUGUAUAUAUUAUUUUUGAAUAUAAAUUAUAAAUGAUUUAGCUCGAAUGAAAUGUUUCCGUUCCUUUUCAGAUGUAAUGUAAGAUACUGUUACUACUCUAUACAAGUGCCAUGUAAAGUUUUGCUGGAUUCAUCACUUAUUUUUUAUCAUCGCUUUUUUCAAAGUUGUCAUAUCAAUGGAGCAGUGUAAAAACUAAUUUUUUCUUAAUAUUGAACGUUCAAAUAUUUCUUUUUUAAUCUUUAUCGAUUGUCUUCAACAUUUUUGGUAAUUGAAUAAAACUUUUCAACCACAAAUAAUUGUUUAUUCCUAUUCCAGGGAGCAUUGAUAAAUGUCUGAAGACUAUAAUAGAAUACAGUAAUUAUUUUCAAAUAUUGAAUGCUUACAGGAAUUGUUUCAAUGUUGUUAUAUUUCUACUUUACAAAGACAUGUUAUUGUAUCAUUUCUGUAAAUAUAUGUAUAGGUGCGACUAAAAUAUUAUUUAAGGAUGUUUUGUUAACAGAAUAAUAUGAGUAAGGCGGCUUUUUAAGCUGGUGCACUUGAUGUUGACUGUUUUCUGUUCAUGGAUGUAGUGUUAUUACUAUGAAAUUGUACAAUAAUAGAUUAUUUUCAUGAAAACCUAACAUUUAAGUGGUUUGUAAAAUGUUCACCAGGUAUUUGUUUAUUAAAAUUAUGCAACUGAAAGUGUCAUAAUCAUAAUCAAAAUUCCAAUACUACCUCGGAUAUCAUGGGUUUUUGACAUAAACAAAGAUAUAAUAUUUAGAAUUGACCAAGACAUUAUUUCUUUAUGGUAUAGGCCAUAGUACAAAUUCAAAAAUUAAGGAAACUUUUUGACUUUACCUCUUAAAUUUGUUACAACCAUCUUGACAGCUUUAUAAUACAUUGAAUAAUGAGCUAACAUUAAUUUAUCUUGAGUUUGUACAAAAACUAAUUUAUAUAAAGAACAUAAUUAACAAUUUACCGACUUGGCAUCAUUAAUUUUAAUGGCAUGGGAGGAGUGUUUUCAAUUUACUUUUCUUGUAAAAAUAAGUGUUUCUAUAAAUCCAUGAUAUUAAUUCAAUCUUUAUAAGUCAAGCCCAAAAGUUUUACACUAGAAAAUGUUUACAACUAUACAACUGUUUUGUACCAACUAGUAAAUUGUAAACUUUUAGCACUGAAUUUUGAUACUGCAAAUAGAAUUCUCAUCCUAUUGUAAAAUCUUAAACCUGUUUUGAUGUGUCUUUAAUAUCAAUAAUGUAAGCCCAGAGAGUGUUUGAUGGCCAGUAAGGCUUUCUCUUUUAUUUUAGGGUAAAUUUUUCCAUGAUUAUUUUUGAGGUAAUGGAGUGUUUCUCAAGUUUCAGAGAAAACAUUAAUGCAGCAAUAAAAAUUUCUAACUAUCCAAUUUAACCCUUCCAAACACAUUAACUAACUACCAUAUCAAAGGUAAAGAAGAUCUAACAAAGAAAAAAUUAACAAAAUGUUAUUAUUACUAAGUGUGCCAGCCUGAUAUUUGGUCAAGCCAAACUCGAGGUAAUAUCGUGAUCAUAUCCCACGGUCAUGGAGACAUCAUCGUUGUUUUCUAGGAUCACUGAAAAAUCAUUAAUGCCUUCCUCAGUCAAGGAAACAUCACACUGUCUUUUGCGGUCCAUGCAAAAUCCUGAACCCUCUUCGGUAACAGAAUCGUUAUCAAUGUCUCUUGCGAUAAAUGAAACGUAUUUCUCGUCUUGCGCGAUAAUAGUAAAUUUCCAACUGUGCGAUCUUCGCAGACAUGUCGGGUAUCAGUAUCGUAACUUUUACCAAUACAAAUUUCCAAGUAUCGGUAGUAUCGAGAAUUAACACAUCCCUAAUAAUUUACUAUCUCUACACAUAUUUUAUCUGUUGAUUUCUCAGUUUAAAUUUUCAUAUUGAUUUUAUAUGGAAAUUCUAUGCCACAAAAUUUGCAACAAAAAAAAAUUUCUAAACUUUUUUUUACAUUGAAACAAUAAACUUCUUACAGUUUUUUAUUGAAGGAAUGCUAAGCUAACCACUUAAAAUCCUAAAUCAUUGGUCAAAAGACUGAUUAAAAAGGUGGAAAAGCCAUCCAGUCAAUGGAAUUUUCAUAUUAAAUAAAUUUACCUAACCCGCCAUGUUAAACUUCCCUAUCCCAAGCGUGAUGUAUAUAACUUCGUUACUUCUCGAGUGAUGUAAAGUUGAAAAAAACUCACUCGGUGAUGUAAAAAAACCCAUUUAAAUAACAUUGAGUGCUUAACUUAAAAAAUAUACCUCUAUGGAGCCAACGACGUUCAACGCUAGAAAUCAGCUGUGCGCUUGAAUUUUAUUGUUAUGUUUUGAAGAAUUUUCCUAACCUAGCUUUUGUUUGUAAAUGAACGUUACCGUUACUGUUAGAAGAUGAGUGAAAUGGAUAAUGAAAAAUAUUGUUCGUAACCUCCUGUAUAUUGUCGGGUCAGGUAAAAUAUUGUACGUUACGCGUUACGCAAGAGCGUGUUUACAUCACUUCGGUAAAUUAUGCAACUCGCUUCCGCUCGUUGCACAACAUUCGCACCUGCGUGAUGUAAAAACGCUCUUACUACACUUGUAAGGUAAAUAGCUAUUACAGUACUUGGUUUAUAGGUAUUAGCUAUAUAGUCUUUUUUUUACCACAUGAUUUACGGGUGAAUAAAAACUAUGCCACUAUUUUCAGUUAUUCGAGCAAUACAUUAUGUGCUAUUUUUAAGACUAAAAGGAUAAAGGCUAAUAACAAUUAUCAAAUUUUUUGACAAAAGAUUUUCCGAGACAUAACAAGUAAUUUUUAAUAGCCAAGCAAUAAGUUAACCUUUUCUGUUAUUGAGCAAUACAACAUGUGUUUUAUUUUUAGCUGUAGAUAAAUAUGAAUAUGUAUUGUGUUAUUUCCAAAAUUAAAAAACAACAUCCAUAUUGGAAUUAUUUUCAUUUUGAAGGAAAAGGUUUUUUCCAAUAGUACAUAAAGUGUUUUUAAUAGCUAAGCAAUAAAUGAUCCUCAAGACCUGGUGAACAUUUUCAACAACUGAUGGCGUUUUCAUGUUUUAACAUAUCGUAAAUUAUCUUCUAACAGUUAUGUAGUGUGAUAAAUUUUAUUUUACGCCAAAUAUUGUUGAAGUGUUGGUAAUUUUAAAAUGUAUACAUGAUGUAACACCACAGAAUCUGGUUUUUACUGAAUGUUUUUUCGUACCUUAUGUCUGUCAUUCGUAUACUUCUGAGAACAAACAGAUCAACACAAACAUUAGAUAAUUUAAAAUUUAUUAUGCUCCAAAAUAUUAGCAUUUAACCUAUUUUUUAUGUUUCAUGCUUUGUCUUUUAAUGAUUAAAGUAAUAUUAUAGCAGCACCUGGUCAUUUUAAUAGUAACAAUGUCAUCACAGUGAGGCAGAAAAUCUUUAGUAAUUUUUUUAUUCGGAUGAAUUGAAUGCAAGAAUAAUCUCAUUUAUUCAACUCUAUGGAAAGAUCAAGUGCUGCUUUAUUGUAUUGGAUUGAUUUUAUGUAAUUUUAUUAUUGUAAUGCACAAAUUAUAAUUAAGAAUAGUCUCUGAAGAAAGAUCCAUUGUUUCUUAAUCAAUUAUUUAAACAUUUUCAACCAUCAUUGAUUUAUAAACUCUUUAAACUUUAUACAAAUAAACGCUUAUUUUGUUUUGUGUGGACAUUUGAAAAAUUGAAUUCCUCUCUGAAAUGCAAAAUAUACACUGCACAUUUUCAUAUUGAAUUGGGGAGAUAUGUAAAUUAUUAACAUUUGCAUGUGUUUUUUUCAAAUAAAUGAGAACUUAUA